AAUGCAGAGAAGCCUCUAAUCGCUAACAAAAAGAGAAAUUACAAAAGAAUGCAGAUGCACUGACGUAACCUCCCCUUUGCUUCAUGAAUCACUGAUAGUAAUGCUGACGAGGUUCAUGGAGGGAUGACAGACCCCCGCCCCCUCCUCUCAUCCUCUCGGUCUUUGCCCCACCUCUCAUUCCUGCUCUACUGUCCCUACAGUAUAUAAUGCGUGUCCAUACCUUGCCCCAGUCAUAACCAUCAUACAGUGGGAGAAUCAGCGUCAGCUGUUUGCUUGACAGGUCUGAUCUGUAGCCUUUUGGAGAAUUGAUCUGUCUUUCAGGACUUUUAACCUGCAGCCAGGUGACGAUGAUGAACCAACCAGCUCUCCUCCGACUGGCCUCGCUGCUGCUGCUGCUGCUGCUGGUGUGUAACACAGAUGCCAAGAUGAACAUCAUUGCCUCCAAGCUGGAUGUUGCUGUGGGAGAGGAGCUCUUCCUGUUGUGCAAAGCGGGGGACGAGGGAGACAUAACGUGGCAGAAGGACGGAGAAAAUAUUGACGACGAUGAGAUCGUGUCAAAAGUGGACGAGACGUCCUCUAAGCUGCUCAUUAAAGAGGCCAAACUGGAGGACUCAGGCAAAUACACCUGUCUGUGCGCCUACGACAGCGGCCACCGAGACGACGUGAAAGCCACCGUUUUCGUCUACGAGGGUCCGUCUUUUGGCAGCACCACAACCUACCACGAGUUCCUGGAGGGCUCGGCGGGCGUGGUGCCCUGCCUGGUGAGCGGCCGGCCCGCCGUGCUCGUCCGCUGGUGGAGAGAGAGGCAGGAGUUCACCCCUGAAGGUGCACGCGUGCGCAAGCUGCCCGACAACACGCUCCGCUUUGAAGCGGUGAGGAGGGAGGACGCUGGGACGUACACGUGCCAGGCCCAGUUCAGAGAGCGGCCCAUCGGGUCGCAGCUCUCCGUGUCUGUCGUCGUCAACGCUCCUCCCAAGGUGCGUCUGAGAGAAGAGGUGAAAAAAGUGAUGGCGGGGUCCGAAACCAACGCGACCUUCGUGUGUUUGGUGGACGGUCUGCCGAAACCCAACAUCACCUGGACCAUGCCAGUGACCUUUGACCCUUCGCGUCAUCAGUUCAACUCCGACCGCAGCCAGCUGACUAUCCAGUCUGUCACCAGGGCCGACUUUGGGGAGUACAUCUGCACGGCCACGAACAAGAUAGCGGAGGACAGUGCCACCAUCGUGCUUCAUGUCCUCGAGGCUCCAGAAGUGUUCCUGUCGGCGGAGCAGCAGAGCGUGUCAGUGGGCGAGAGGGUGUCUGUGUCCUGCAACGUGUCUGGUCACCCUCAGCCUGAGCUGCACUGGCUCAACAAGCACAAUGGACGCAAGCUGAUACAGGACUCCACAUCGGGCCGAGUCCGUGUUGCCGACGGCGUCCUGGUGAUAGAGGACGUGGUGCCCUCUGAUGGUGGCCUCUACUCCUGCAUGGCCGUCAGCGCGUCCGGAAAUGCAUCAAGAGACGUGGCCAUACACACGCAGCCCGGUCUGCCUCAGCACCUGUCCGCCUCGCCCGGACCCACCUCGGUCCUCUUCUCCCUCAAGAUCCCGCCCGUCAGCGGAGGAACGCCCAUCACGCACUACGUCCUGCAGUGGCGGCGAGGCGCCGCGGAGCAGUGGAGCGAGGUCAAAGUACCGGCUGCAGGUCCACUGGCUGUGGCCGCGCUGAAGCCGUACACGUCGUACACGGUGCGUUUGGCCGCUCUGAACGCCGUCGGCCUGGGCCAGUUCUCAGACUCGCACAGCGUCCACACGCAGGGAGUCCGAGGUGAACCCGACAGUCCAGUGGUGUUGUCUGAUGAGGUGAAAGUAGAGGGCAACUCCGUCUCCGUCCCCAUCAAACAGAUCGACGACGGCGGGACUCCUCUGCUGCACUUCAUCGUGCGAUACAAACAGGACAAAGUGGGGGCUGAGUGGACGAAGCUGCAGCUGUCGUCUAACACAGACUCCGUGUCCCUCCGAGACCUGGCCUUCAGCUCAGACUACAAGCUGGAAAUGACAGCGGUCAAUGCGAACGGUUCCUCUUUGCCGGCCCUGUUCAACUUCACCACCGCAGAACAACCUGUGAGAGGGAGCAGCAUGACCAAGGGCAGCGUGGUGGGCAUCGUCAUGGUGAUCUUCCUGGUGCUCUUCCUGGUGGUAGACGCCACCUGCUGCUACAGGAACCGCUGCGGCCUGCUCAUGACCAUCGCCGUGAAGCUGUUCGGACAGAAAAUCCCAGGCCUGAAAAUGCUGGAGGAGGGAGAGAGCAACACGAACGGAGAGGUGACGCUAAAGAGUGUAUCCACUCCAAGAGGCAGUUUUCAGCACACAGGGGUUCAGACAGUCACCAAGGAGGGAGGGCAGCUCAAAGAAGUCACCUGUGACAAAGCCCCCCUCACCAGACAUGAGAAAGCACAGAACAUCGCAUGAAGCUGCAAAGUGGAGAAGCAACAAACACACAAUGAACAGUACAAUCACCUGGUUGCGGUCAACGAUGCACUGGAGCUACAGCAGCUGCCACGGGAGCGGUCAACACAGCGACACUGACGAGCGUCCUCAGAGCACAGUGUCUGUUUCACACCUCGGUGCAGACGAAGGGAGACAAGGCCUCAGUGAACCGGUCCUCUGCUCCCAGGGUCCAGGUCGCACUGAGGCCGACUCACACAGGAAGCUGUGGUAUUUGCUGGCUGCUUGAUGUCACCUGCGUGACUUUAAAGACAAAACGUCUUUUUUACAGGGUAAUUUUGAUAUCUGUGUUUUUACAGGGUAAAGUUGUUGCUAGUGUUAAAUAUGCAAGCAAAUGUUUGCAUAUGACCUUUACAAAAACCAGUUAAAGGGACUUUUCAUGUAUUUUUCACUUUUUGCUAAUUUGCACUGUCUGGUAAACUGUAACUAGGACUGUCCACUUACAGGGGAGGACACAGCAGCAAUAUUUAUUAUAUUACCAGCAAUAAUAGGCAUAUAUUCCAAACUAAAUAGACUAAUAUGCAAAUUGUUUUGUAUUCAUGAUGAGUUAUUUCACCAAAUAUUCAAAUAUGUUCACCUGAACAUCUCAAAUAUUUACAAUAUUUCAGCUGCAGCUAAGAAUGUGCUUUAAUAUAAAAAUAAGCAUGUUUGCUAUUUAUCUGAACUGAUAAUAAGUUUGGAUAUUAUCUAAACCUUAUGGUCAACACUGUAAAUAGUUGUACAUACACUUGAUUUUUGUGUUUGCUAAAACAUUCUUUGUGUCAUUUUGCUUCUGUUGGUUUAUUCACACAUUGGUUUUCCUUUGGACCGAUGUUCAUAUAUUUAAACUGAAUAAAAGCUUGAGUAACUGUCACCUCCACUUAAAGAUGGAUUAUGAAGGUAUUUGAUUUACAGUGUCACACAAAAACAGUGUCACAUUUCCAGAGCCGCCUUUCCUUGCUGUGAUGUUUACAUUAGUGUGAGCUCUGAACUGUCUUAUGACAAACGAUCAGAUGAUGAACAUAAAACUUAAAGAGGAAAAGCAGAGUCCUUCAGGCAAAAAUAACUUGAGUUGAACAAUCACAUGUUAGUGUUUAUAGCUGCUUAAAUCUUAUAACUACAGUAUGUGAUAAAGGCACGUCAUCUUCAAGUAAACCGUAGUAAAGGUCAAGUGUUAAUGAGUCACGAGUUAUUCUUCAAGUGUAGUCUAACUUUUUAAAGACACGUGUAUGCUUAU